UGUCAGACGCGGGGAGCCGGCCUGGAGCUGCUGGCGCCUCAGGCACGAGGACGGCCCCGGUCCCCCGCUGCCCGGGGCUGAGCUGUGCGAGCCGGCCCCGCCGAGCCGGCCCGGGGUGGGGAGAUGAGCGGCGGCCCGGCGGCUGCGCCCCAGGUAGAGCGCUGCCCCCUUUCGGAGCCCCGGAGCCCCCGCCGCCCGGAGCUUCGGAACUUGUGGGCUCUGUUGGGGCGCCUUUAAUUUAUAACGUGUUUCGUUUCCCUCAGGAUGGGGAGGGACGUAUGGCAGUGCCUUCGGGAACUAGCGCUCGGGUGAGGUAGGAGCCGCCGCCGGCCGUCAGCCUGCACCGAGCCGUUUGGCGCCGCGGCUGCUCAGCCUUUGCCAUGGCCGGAUCCAGCGCGUGGAAGCGCCUCAAAUCUCUGCUGAGGAAGGAUGAUGCGCCGUUGUUUUUAAAUGACACCAGCGCCUUCGACUUCUCGGACGAGGUGGGGGACGAGGGGCUUUCUCGGUUUAACAAACUUCGAGUUGUGGUGGCCGACGAUGGUUCUGAAACCCAGGAAAGGCCUGUUAACGGGGCGCACCCGGCCCUUCAGGCCGACGAUGAUUCCUUGCUGGACCAGGACUUACCUUUGACCAACAGUCAGCUGAGUUUGAAGGUGGACCCCUGUGACAACUGCAGCAAACGGAGAGAGUUGCUGAAGCAGAGAAAGGUGAAAACCAGACUGACCAUUGCUGCCGUUCUUUACUUGCUUUUCAUGAUUGGAGAACUUGUAGGUGGCUACAUUGCAAAUAGCCUAGCAAUCAUGACAGAUGCACUUCAUAUGUUAACUGACCUAAGUGCCAUCAUACUGACCCUGCUUGCUUUGUGGCUGUCUUCAAAAUCACCAACCAAAAGAUUCACCUUUGGAUUUCAUCGCUUAGAGGUCUUGUCAGCUAUGAUUAGUGUGCUAUUGGUGUAUAUACUUAUGGGAUUCCUCCUAUAUGAAGCUGUCCAAAGAACUAUCCAUAUGAAAUAUGAAAUAAAUGGAGAUAUAAUGCUCAUUACCGCAGCUGUUGGAGUUGCAGUUAAUGUGAUAAUGGGGUUUCUGUUGAACCAGUCUGGGCAUCAUCACGCCCAUUCCCACUCCCUGCCUUCAAAUUCUCCCACCACAGGUUCUAGAUGUGGACACAGCCAUGGGCAGGAUAGCCUGGCAGUGAGAGCUGCAUUUGUACAUGCCUUGGGGGAUUUGGUACAGAGUGUUGGUGUGCUGAUAGCUGCAUACAUCAUACGAUUCAAGCCAGAAUACAAGAUUGCUGAUCCCAUCUGUACAUAUGUGUUUUCAUUACUUGUGGCUUUUACAACGUUUCGAAUCAUAUGGGACACAGUGGUUAUAAUACUAGAAGGUGUACCAAGCCAUUUGAAUGUAGACUAUAUCAAAGAAGCUUUGAUGAAAAUAGAAGAUGUAUAUUCAGUGGAAGAUUUAAAUAUCUGGUCUCUCACUUCAGGAAAACCUACUGCCAUAGUACACAUACAGCUAAUUCCUGGAAGUUCAUCUAAAUGGGAGGAAGUACAGUCCAAAGCGAAGCAUUUAUUAUUGAACACAUUUGGCAUGUAUAAAUGUACUAUUCAGCUUCAGAGUUACAGACAAGAAGUGGACAGAACUUGUGCAAACUGUCAGAUUUCCAGUCCCUAACUAUACAUGUUUGGGGGCCUACUGCCUUAUUUACCCUGCAGUCACAGGCGCAAGAGCAAUAAAUGCACACCUAAAUGAGAAA